AUGAUCACGGAUGUAACCGCAACAUCGUAUUCACUCACGGAACUGAGCAGUGCCAUAGGCCCCAAGUCUGGGAGUACCAUCAUUGACAGAGAGUUCUUGAAGCUCAUGAGGCAUCGCUUCAACGCCUUAUUCAUAAAUCCGUUCAACGACGACAAAUCUGAUCGCAGAGAAAGACUCAUGAACGAUUUCAGACAAAGAAAGGAAAAGUUCACUGGAGAUGGAAGUAACCAUCGUCUUAAAUUCCGGAUGGAAUGCUUUACGUCACAAUGGUAUGACUCAACGGCAGGUCAUAUAAUCUUGUCCGACAGCGAUAUGCGGGCAUUUUUUGACACUGUUGUCGGCCAAGUCUUCCAUCAUGUGAACGAUCAGGUGGACAAAGCCACUCGUGGCCACUUCAAGAUCGACGAAUUGUUGAUGACUGGGGGGCUGAUGCGCUCUGAAUAUGCGCGGGAGACAUUUUCGGAGGGGUUCAAAGAUGCAGGAUUUUCCAGGAUCUUGUUUUCCGAAGCACCUGAACUAUCCGCAUCUCUCGGUGCUGCGCGAAAGGCCCUGAGCGGCAUCGUCACGAAGAACCAGACAUGUAACAAGAGUUACUUCAUCGAAUGCUCAGGAUUACGGGAGGAACCCGGAAUAUGUCUGCAAGCUUUCAUUGAUGAGCCCGAUGCGCCCGCUAAACCCCAACAGAUUUUGGUCAAGGGCCAUGUCUACGAGGAAGAUAAACCAUACAAGACUGUAUUUCACCUUUAUAGUCGCCCGGGGGAGCCCCCUGUCAAAACGUUCUUUCUGAAGAUGAGCGAUGGCCAAAAUUCGCGCGUACUGGCCCGGUUGACCUGCAAUUUGUCUGACAUACCCACCGACGAACGCGCCCUACAAUCUGCUGCUGCAGGCGGUGUAUACUCGCAUCAAUGCAUCUUUGUGACUGCGACAUUUCGUGUGAAGGGGUACCUGGAAAUCAAAGUGCAUACUAAAUGUAAGGUGUUGGCCCAAAAAAGGGUUCCUAGAAUAUGGAGUGAGCGUGCGGGUAAUUGA